AUGGCGCCUUUUGUUGAAGCCUGUAGGUAUAAACCUGUACCACUCUCAUUGAGCUCUCUCUGUUCAUGUCCUUGCCGUUCCUCGUCAACAAAACCUCUAAUUCUUCCCCAUUCCUCUCCAAACUAUUCGAACUUGCGUCUCGUCGAUUCCAAAUCACCGUCUCAUUCUCGGAUUUCUGUUAACCGGCGCGUUAUCGCUGCCGUUGCUCGAGCUGAAUCAGAUCAGCUUGGCGAUGAUAGCAAUUCAAAGGAGGAAGAAGACAGAGAUCAGGAACUGCAAAAUGUGGAGGAAGAUUCGAGUUUUGAUGAACAGAAGCGAAAUUCAAAAAGCCAGUUUAAGAAAAGAGUAGUUUUUGGUCUAGGAAUCGGAUUCUCUGUAGGAGGUGUUGUGUUAGCAGGAGGAUGGAUUUUCACAGUAGCAUUAGCAGCUGCUGUUCUUCUAAGCGCCAGAGAAUAUUUCGAGUUAGUGAGAAGUAAAGGGAUUGCUCAAGGAAUGACACCUCCUCCAAGAUAUCUAUCUAGAGUCUGCUCUGUUAUAUGUGCUCUCAUGCCAUUACUUACAUUGUACUUUGGUCAUAUAGAUAUCUCGGUGACAUCAGGGAGAACCUAUUAA